UAGCAACACAAAAACAGUUUCUUAAGCGAAGAUUCAGUUGGGCACAACUUCUUUCAAAAUCAUUCAAUCGAGCUGGUUUUGGUUCAUUCGACUCACAUCAGUUCGUCGAGCUCUUUCGAUUGACAUGUAAAUUGCCCAAAUCUAGAAUCCCCCCGGAAAGUGCAUUCAUUUGUCAAGCGAAUUCUAUAAUAAAUGAAUUUUAGUUAAUUAACUUUAUCAAAGACCGCAUCAACUUUUAGAUAGUAUCUUAUUUGAAAUAUGGCCAUAGUGGCGGAUUUAUCAAUUGGAAGGGUUAUUUCUGAUUUUAUUGUUCUACUUUGUUUAGCUGUUCCUCUUUUGAUUUUUGAAUUAUUGGGCGAGCCAAAUAAACGUGGUUUUUAUUGUGAUGACGAAUCAAUUAGGUACCCAUAUAGAACUUCUACUGUUAGUCGUCAGUUGCUAAUUGUUAUUGGACUUCUCAUCCCUACUUGUCUGAUUUUCUUGACAGAAAUUCUUCGUACUUUGGUUUGGGAAAAACAAUCUGCCCAUCAAUUAUGUACUUUUAAAUAUAGAGCACAUAAUGUUCAUAGAAUGGUUGUUCGACUUUACGUUUUCAUGGGUUAUUUUCUACUUGGUGUUUGUUUCAAUCAACUAAUGGUGGACAUUGCAAAGUACACAAUCGGUCGCCAACGGCCGCACUUUAUGGAAAUUUGUUUGCCUAUUACUGAGGUAAAACUGAAUGGCAUCGGUGGAGAAAUUAGUAAAGUGUCCAAAGAUUUUCGAACAAAUUGUCCGUCUGAUGAGCAUACUUAUAUCACUGACUUCAAAUGUAGUGGGAAAGAAGUCGAUUUAAUUAAAGAAGCGCAACUAUCUUUUUAUUCAGGACAUUCUGCCUUUUCAUUUUAUGCAGCCUGGUACACAUCGCUUUAUUUACAAGCUCGUUGUUAUCGACCAUUAGGUAGUCAACUAGUUCUCCCAGCUGUUCAAUUCUUUCUUUUUUGUGGCGCUUCUUUCGUUGCUUAUAGCAGGGUGAGUGAUUACAAACAUCACUGGUCAGAUGUUCUUGUUGGUGUACUUAUCGGUUCUGCGAUUGGCAUAAUUAAUGCUUUAUUUAUUGCUGAAGUUUUUCAACGCCGUGAAGUACCAGAAGAGUUUGUACAUAAGAGACGACUUAUUGGCAAAUAUGCAUUCAGACAAAGUGAUGUUGAAUUGGGUAAUAUGAUAGAGCAACGUCCAACCAACUUUAAAUCUUCUGAAAUGGACAAACAACUACCGCAUCAUGUGCAUAAUGUACCAAUUAGAGUUAUUUCAUCUAAUGAAGGAAAUGGGAUAUAAGUGUUUGAAUCUUGCUUAAUAUUGACUUACAUAUUUUACAAGUUUUUAUAUGUAUUGCUUGCCGUUUUAUUUUACUCAUUUUCAUAAAUCCUUUAAGCGCCUAUUGCUUAAUAUUCAACUGAAUUGAGUAAUGGAAAAAAGUAACUUUAUUUUUUACAAUAUUACCACAUUCUGUUUUUUACUUGUCAACCAUUUUACGAGGGGUUCCGAUAUGUGCGGAUUUUUCCUUAUUUUGUGGUUUUUUGAUAGGAUUAUUUUUAAAAAUGCGGAUUUUUGU